ACUAAAAUCAUUUUCUCUUUCCUUUUUUUUUUUUUGAGAAAAUCUAUGCUUCCGCUCCGCAUUCCUUAUAUCUUCUGGUAUUUUUUCCCCCGUCCAGCGCGUUCGGUUCUCUGACUUCUCUCCGGUUCUUCGUUCAUUCGUCGCUGUGACCUAUCUUUAUCCCUCUGUAUCCGUUGCGCUCGCUUUGCUGGUAAAAUUGCAAGUUUCUUAGCUCGACUCGUCAAAUGGCAGCAACAUCAGGGAAGAUUGUUCAAAAUGUUUUUGUGUCACAAUGCUGCCAACAGAAUAGGCAGUUGGUCACCCAUUACCGCUAUGACUGUUUUGCCCCUAACAUGCGCGACUCACUUCCCUAUCAACGGGGGAAGUUGGCAUGGACUGGCAUAUCACCCAUGCAGUUGCGCUCCUUGGCAAAAUACCAGAGUGGCUCACGGAAUCGAGGAAGUAUUUGUUGCAAUGUUAUUUCAUCUGCUAGUGCAGCACCAUCUCUUGAAAAUAUUGAUUUUAGCAAGCUUCAAAAUGGAAGUGAUAUUCGAGGUGUUGCUGUUGCUGGUGUUGAGGGCGAACCUGUUAAUCUCACUGAGUCUGUCACUGAAGCAAUAGCUGCUGCAUUUGCUGCAUGGUUAUUGGACAGAAAAGCAGCAGAUGGCUCUAGAGGGCUGAGAGUUUCUGUUGGCCAUGACUCGCGGAUAUCUGCACAAAAGCUACAGGAUGCAGUUUCUCGAGGAAUUGCUAGUGCAGGUUUGGAUGUUGUUCAAUAUGGGUUAGCAUCUACACCAGCAAUGUUUAACAGCACACUUACAGAAGAUGAGAAGUUUCUGUGCCCAGUUGAUGGGUCCAUAAUGAUAACAGCCAGCCAUCUUCCUUACAACAGAAACGGUUUUAAAUUUUUCACUAAUGCUGGGGGGCUGGGGAAGGCUGACAUUAGAGAUAUCUUGGAGCGUGCUGCAAAUAUAUAUGCCACUUUUUCAUCUGAAAAUUUGAAAACCUCAGAAAGAGCAACUUCUGCAUCAAUAAAGAGGGUGGACUACAUGUCUGUUUAUACAUCUGAUCUUGUAAAAGCAGUGCGCAGAGCUGCAGGGAAUAUAGAAAAGCCAUUGGAGGGGUUCCAUAUAGUUGUUGAUGCAGGGAAUGGAGCUGGAGGUUUUUUUGCAGGGAAGGUGCUUGAACCUCUAGGGGCUAUCACUUCUGGCAGUCAGUUCUUGGAGCCAGAUGGUCUCUUUCCAAAUCAUAUACCUAACCCAGAAGAUAAAGCAGCGAUGAAAGCUAUUACUCGGGCAGUUCUUGAUAACAACGCAGACUUGGGAAUAAUCUUUGAUACAGAUGUUGACAGAUCUGCAGCUGUGGAUUCUAUGGGCCAUGAGUUCAAUCGCAACCGUUUGAUUGCUUUAAUGUCUGCAAUUGUUCUUGAGGAACAUCCAGGAACAACUAUUGUCACAGACAGUGUGACUUCAGAUGGGUUAACCUCAUUCAUUGAGAAGAAACUUGGAGGGAAGCACCACCGCUUCAAAAGAGGGUACAAAAAUGUCAUUGAUGAAGCAAUCCGCUUAAACUCGGUUGGUGAGGAAUCACACCUAGCAAUUGAAACCAGUGGCCAUGGAGCUCUCAAGGAGAAUCACUGGCUUGAUGAUGGUGCAUUUCUUAUGGUAAAACUAUUAAAUAAACUUGCUUCGGCCAGAGCUCUUGGAACAAGUGGUGGCAGCAAAGUUCUGACUGAUCUGGUGGAGGGUCUGGAGGAGCCAGCUGUUGCAGUUGAACUGCGGUUGAAGAUUGAUCAGAAUCAUGUGGAUAUGAAAGGAGGAUCUUUCCGGGAUUAUGGAGAGGCAGUGCUUAAGCAUUUAGAGAACAUGACAAACUCAGACCCAAAGCUUCAGAAAGCCCCUGUUAACUAUGAAGGCGUUCGAGUCUCUGGCUAUGGUGGGUGGUUCCUUCUAAGACUUUCUCUCCACGAUCCUGUUCUGCCUCUCAACAUCGAGGCACCAAGCAAUGAGGAUGCUGUGAAGCUUGGGCUUUCUGUGCUUGCCGCUGUUAAAGAGUUCCCCGCUUUGGACAUGUCUGCAUUAUGCAAAUUUGUCCAUGCAUCGUAAAGUUGAGAGCUUUACAAGAAGCUAGCCUAUCAGCUCUUGGCUUGUAACCUGAUCUGGUAAUAGCUGUCCUUUUUUGGAUGGUUACUUGUCAGGUCCUUGCCAAUGUCAGGUUGCUUCAGGGAUUGAGGGAAGUCUUUAGGACUCUAGUUUGGAUGACCACAUUGAAAUGUUUUUUUUGAAUCCUGAGGUUUUUUUCAUGUUAGCCUGCUGUGUAUGAUAAAGAAAAAUAGUAAUAAAAAUCAUAUUUGUAGUGCAAAUAUUUGAGGUGGACUGAGGGUGGGGUGUGGGGAAAGACAUUGUUUAUGUGCGUGAUGGGGGGACUGAACGGUACAAAAUGGGUUACUUUUCUCAACACCCUAAGAAGUAUAACGGAGUGUAUCAACAGGGAUCGAUGCCAUCUAUUAGACCACAUGGUUCAUGUUGAAUCAGUCUUUCUAGGUUCAGAAAUGGCAUUUUUUUUUUGUA